CGUAGACGUAGGGUCGACGUAGUUUCAUAUGGGUGUUCCCGCUCUGCUCGAAUUCUCUCUGUACUCAUCUUUUUGGUUUGUCCUGGCUCAGUUUGUCAACGGGUUCGUCUAGGCCGACCGAGCAGAGAUCGUCCUUUUUCCAGUGCUGGAGACCAGCUGGGUGUACCUGCAUGCAGGGAAUGCAUAAAAGUACCCGAGAGUUCAACAUCUGAAAAACAUCAAUGGAAAACAAUUUCAGUUUCGAGGGCAGUGAUGUGUCCUAUGAAGAAAACGACACAGCCUUCCCGUCUCCACUGAGACUGACUCCACCAGGUCAGAGCGUCAUCUAUGACCUGGAAUGGAAGAGGCCGGAAGAGGAGGAGGAGGAGGAGAAUGAGCCACCUAUGGCCAUCGUCAUCCCCAGUGAUUCAGAGGCUUAUCUGAACCUGAACACCAACGCCACCACGAGAGGGGAUGCUCAAGCCUAUGUGGAGCUGAAUGAGCUCCAGGGCAACACCUGGCAGGAGACCGGCCGCUGGGUCGGCUACGAGGAGAACUUGAACCCCGCCACAGGAACAUGGGGUCCUUCUCAUGUCUCCCACCUCACCUUCAAGAGCCUGAUUCAGCUCCGCAAGACCAUGAGCACAGGUGCCGUCAUCCUCGACCUGAACGCCAGCAGUCUGUCUGCUGUGGCUGAGAAGGUGGUCGAUGAGCUGCUGAGCAAGAAUGAGAUUCGCGCCAGCGAUCGUGACGACCUGCUGAGAGCUCUCCUCAUGAGACGCAGUCAGUCUGAGGCAGCUGAGGUUAUUCCCUCUGGAGACAUUGAGAUGCAGACCUUUUCUGUAACCAAGAAGAGAGACACCUCUGACAACAUGGAGGCUUCAAUUGUCCUCUCAGGUGUCCUGGACACCCUGGAGAAACCAGUUGUGGGUUUUGUGAGACUGGCUGACUCUAUGGUGAUGAACUCCUCCCUGGAGUCCCCUGUCCCCGUUCGCUUCGUCUUUAUGCUGGUGGGCCCUAGCCAGAGCGGGAUGGACUACAGCGAAACUGGCCGUGCCAUGGGUGCUCUGAUGGCCGACUGGGUGUUCUGCCUGGAGGCCUUCUUAGCCCAGACGGACAGAGAUCUGACCAACGCCAUCGCUGACUUCAUGGACUGCAGCAUUGUGAUCCCUCCCACUGAGAUCCAAGAUAAGGACAUGCUUGAGCCAAUCAUCAAUUUCCAGAAGAAGAUGCUGCGUGAGAGACUCCGUCCAAUCGACACCCGCCUAGCCUUCGGUGACCGGGCCAUAGCUGAGAAAGCUCCACAGGAGCCUCGGGAGGACCCUCUGGCCCGUACAGGCUAUCCUUUCGGUGGGAUGGUGAAGGACCUGAAGCGCCGUUACCGCCACUACCUCAGCGACUACACAGACGCUCUGAACCCUCAGGUCCUCGCUGCCGUCAUCUUCAUCUACUUCGCCGCCCUGUCCCCGGCCAUCACCUUUGGAGGGCUUCUGGCUGACAAAACGGAUAGAAUGAUGGGCGUGUCAGAGCUUAUGAUCUCCACCAGCAUCCAGGGUAUCAUCUUCUGCCUCAUCGCCGCCCAGCCCGUCCUCGUCAUCGGCUUCUCUGGACCACUGCUGGUGUUUGAGGAAGCGUUUUACGCUUUCUGCAAGUCCCAGGAGAUGGAGUACAUUGUGGGCCGUAUCUGGGUGGGGAUGUGGCUGAUAGUGAUCGUGGUCAUCAUCGUGGCCGUGGAAGGCAGCUUCCUGGUCAGAUUCAUCUCCCGCUUCACUCAGGAAAUCUUCUCCAUCCUCAUCUCUCUCAUCUUCAUCUAUGAGACCUUCUAUAAGCUCAUGAAGAUCUUCCAAGCCCACCCUCUGGUCCUGAACUACGAUCAUCUGAACAUGACAUUGGACAACCCCUUCCACCCAAUCGUCAUAGAGCACACCGUGACCGAUCACGAAGGUAACAUAACCAUCCAUGAGAAGGAGAUCGAAAGGGCCUACCCCAACACUGCCCUGCUGUCUAUGUGCCUGAUGUUUGGCUGCUUCUUCAUUGCGUUCUUCCUUCGCCAUUUUAAAAAUGGUCAUUACUUCCCCGGCCCGCUCCGUCGUUUGAUCGGAGAUUUCGGUGUCCCCAUUGCUAUUUUCUUCAUGAUUGCUAUUGAUAUCAGCAUUGAGGAUGCUUACACUCAGAAACUGGUUGUGCCAAAAGGCAUUGAGGUGACCAACCCCCAAAUCAGAGGCUGGUUCAUUAACCCCAUGGGAGAGAAGAAGAACUUCCCCAUCUGGAUGAUGUUCGCCUGCUGUGUGCCAGCUCUGCUCGUCUUCAUCCUCAUCUUCCUGGAGUCCCAGAUUACCACGCUGAUUGUGAGCAAACCUGAGAGGAAGAUGGUGAAAGGAUCCGGUUUUCAUUUCGAUCUGCUCAUCCUGGUCAUCAUGGGGGGCGUCGCCUCUAUUUUCGGGGUGCCCUGGCUGAGCGCUGCCACCGUGCGAUCCGUCACCCACGCCAAUGCUCUCACUGUCAUGACCAAGGGCCCGAAACCAGAGAUCGAGAAGGUGCUUGAGCAGAGGAUCAGUGGCAUGCUGGUGGCCAUCAUGGUUGGUGUUUCUAUUUUCAUGGAACCUCUUCUGAAGAUGAUUCCUAUGACAGCCUUGUUCGGUAUCUUCCUCUACAUGGGUAUCACCUCUCUGAGUGGAAUCCAGAUGUGGGACAGGAUGCUUCUGCUGAUCACACCAAAGAAAUACCAUCCCGCGGACGCCUACGCCACCAUGGUGCCUACACGGAAGAUGCAUCUCUUCACUUUCAUCCAGCUCGUGUGCCUGGCUGCCCUGUGGAUAGUGAAGAUGAGUCCCUUCUCUCUGGCUCUGCCUUUUGUUCUCAUCCUCACCAUCCCUCUGCGCAUGUUAAUGACUGGCACGCUCUUCACUGCCAAGGAGAUGAAAUGUCUGGACGCAGAUGAUGCCAAAGUGACGUUUGAGGAGGUACCUGGGGUAGACGUGUACGAUGAGUCCCCACUGCCAUAAACAACACCAUAUCAUUAAUGUUUCAAAUUCAGUAAUUAUGUGAACAUUUAAUAUCAAAACUAUGUAUUUGUAAACAUAUACAGUUUCAAACUUUUCUGUUCUGUUAUUUAUCUUUAAAGGAAAUUACCUCUCAUUUCUAGAAUACAUACAUUAAACAUACUUAACUUAAAUAUUGAGUUAUCUUUUCAACCAGGAAACUUGAUUUCUUUAAAUGAGAAGUGUUUUCCCUCAAGACGUGAGGUAAAUCCAUUCAUAAUUUUGUUUUUUCUUUUAGUGCAUAACUACAGUAUAGCUUUAAAGUGACUACCUGAACUGCCACAUUGUAGAUCAUUCCAUGUUAUAAUAAUAUGAUUCCACCUAACCUAAUGUUCGCUAUUUAAAUUAAGCAGAUUUGAUCUAUUCAGCUCUUUACACACACACACAUAAUGUAUUUUCAUGGGAUUGCCCCCAUACAGUAGCCUUUGUUUAGUCUCAAACAUUUUUUUCAGUUGUGUUUGCCUCAUUUGAUAUAUCUGAUAUGUAAAGAAAUAUGUGUAAUACACUUAUAUCUGAUUUUAAGUGUGUAAUUGCUUUGAUGAUUAUAAAAUGGGAUGAGAAAUGGGUAUAUAUAUGAUAUAAUCAGGGCAAAACUUAUUUGUAAAUGUAUCUUAUUAUGCCUGUUCUUGUGUGCUUGAAACACUGUACAUGCUUGUUUGGAUUGGAUGGAUUUUCACUUUAUUAAAAAUAAAAACAUCCAUUAUGGG